GUCCCGGAAGCUGGUGCUUUUUCAUUUGCAGCGAGGGGCGCGAGGUGAGGUGCGCUCUGUGCUGUUUACCUGUGCGUAUCAGCGGAGGUCGGAGCGAGAGAAAAACAAACAAACAUGGAAACCGGGAUUUAGCUUCACAAAAGCUCGCUUCGGACCAGGACAAUAGAGAAACAUUGACGUGUCCAAUUGGACCCCCUCAUUCUACUGGACAGUUCAGCUYAAACUCCAGCGACUGAACGGAUCUGGAUCUCCCAAUCCCAGCCAUGGCGAACAAGGAACCUGUGAAUCCCUCUCAUGCCACGUUUGACCUCUUUGUCCAAGCCAAGACUUGUCAAGAAGUAAAGAAGCACUUCACAGAGCUCUGCAGAGAACUGCAACUUGAUCCUAAGGAUUACAGCAACUUCUACACCAAGCUGAAGGAAAGGCUGAACUACUGGAAGGCCAAAGCUGUGUGGACCAAGUUGGACAAAAGAGCCUCUCAAGAUGUUUAUGAGCAAGGAAAAGCCUGCGCCCAGAACAAGUGUCUGGUGUUGGGCGCGGGACCAUGUGGGCUGAGGACGGCCAUCGAACUGUCCCUGCUGGGAGCUCAGGUGGUGCUGCUGGAGAAGAGGGAGGAGUUCACCAGGAACAACGUUCUCCACCUGUGGCCCUUCACCAUCUGCGACCUCAAAGAGCUCGGAGCCAAAAGGUUCUAUGGCAAAUUCUGCGCUGGUUCUCUGGAUCACAUCAGCAUCCGUCAGCUGCAGCUGAUCCUGCUGAAAGUGUGUCUCCUCCUCGGGGUGGAGGUCCACACCGGAGUGGAGUACAAGGGCCUUAUUGAGCCCUCUGUUGAAAAAGGUUGGAUGGCCAAACUACAGCCUCCGUCUCAUCCUGCUGCAGCCUUCCAGUUUGAUGUUUUUAUCUCUGCAGGGGGAGGCAGGUUCGUCCCUGAGGGUUUUAAGCACAAGGAACUGAGAGGAAAACUGGCUAUUGGCAUCACAGCCAAUUUUAUCAACGGGAACACGGCUGCUGAGGCCCAAGUACCAGAGAUCAGCGGGGUGGCCCGGAUAUACAACCAGAAGUUCUUCCAAGACCUGCUCAAUGAUACGGCUAUUGAUUUAGAGAAUAUUGUGUACUACAAAGACGACACCCACUACUUUGUCAUGACAGCCAAGAGGAAGAGCUUGCUGAAGAGGGGGGUCAUUAAACGGGACUACAGCAAUGCUGAUCAGCUGCUGGCACCUGCAAAUGUAGAUCACGUGGCGUUGUGUCUUUAUGCUCACGAUGCGGCGUACUUCUCCACUGGAGGCAAGCUGCCGGACCUGCAGUUUGCUCUGAAUCCGGCCGGUCAACCUGACGUGGCCAUGUUCGACUUCACCUGCAUGCACCGCGCCGAGCACGCCUCSCUGGUCCGAGAGAGGAGGGGCAAGAAGCUCCUAAUAGCUCUUGUUGGAGACUGUCUGGUGGAGCCGUUUUGGCCUUUGGGAACAGGUAUCGCCCGAGGGUUCUUGGCUUCGUUUGACACGGCGUGGACGGUGAGGAGCUGGGGGAUGGGGGUCCAACACAUGACCGUCAUUGCUGAGAGAGAAAGCAUGUACCAGCUGCUCUCCCAGACCACACCCGAAAACACCAGCAAGAAGUACUCUCUGUAUAGCAUCGACCCGAAAACACGCUACCAGAGACUCAACCUGUCCGCCAUUCACACUCGCCAGGUGCAGCACCUAUAUGAUGAGAAAAGCCAUUCAUUAACCUUAAAGCUGAAGGAAAAUCGGGCUCACAUGCGUCAAGAUUCAAUGAGUGGUUUUAACGAGUUGCUGAAAUGGUGCCAGAACAACACCACAGGGUACGACAAUGUGAACAUCAAAGACUUCAGCCAGUCCUGGAAGUCCGGCCUCGCGCUGUGCGCUCUCAUCCACCACUUCAGACCUCAUCUGAUUGACUUUUCCUUGCUGGAUGAGGCGAACAGAGUUCACAACAACCAGCUGGUGUUCAGUGUGAUCCAUAAGGAGCUGGGAAUCCCUCCGGUCAUGUCUCCCAGUAGUCAGAUCGACAAGCUGUCCAUGGUUCUCUACCUCACCCAAAUCAAAGAUGCUGUCACUUUGCCACCAAAAGAACCUGCAGGCCCCCUGCCACCGACCACRUCUCUGAGUCUCUCUAGGACACAGUCAGCUGUCUUUUUCCUGAGCAAGCUGAAGCACCUCUCACUGCAAAGACAAAAGGAAAGACAGGCGACUCUGAAACGAGGUGCACAAGCUGAGAAAAUCAUGGAAGAUGAGAAACCUGAGUCAGUGCUACCUGCGUCUCCUGAAGUGCAUCCAGUUCCUCCCGGUGCGGCUGCCGCCGCCGCCGCCUCUCCCCCACCGGAACCAGAACCAGCCGAGACUCUGCUGACGACUGACAACGAGCAGUGCUACUUCUGUGGGAAAAUGGUGUACGCRGUGGAGCGCAUCAGUGCUGAGGGGAGGUUCUUCCAUCGGAGCUGCUUCACCUGCCACAGCUGUGGCAUCACGCUCAGAUUAGGAGGAUACGCCUUCGACAAGAACAGCGGGAGAUUUUACUGUGAGAUGCACUCUGAAGAUUUGUUGCUUACUAAUGGUGUUGAAGCAUCCUGUGAGGACGAAGAUGAAGAUGAAGAGAACGGACUUUCCAGUGAGAGCUACACGCUGUCUCCAUCAGAUGAGGAGUAUUUCCUSAAACCAGAUGGUGUCUCCUCUACUGUCACACAUUCAGAUGACCAAGAAGAACCGGAUCAGAGUAUUCAUCAGUCCAAAGGAGACUCCCAAGAACCACAGAACACGAGCACUUUUCCAGAUCCUGCAUCUAAAYCUGAGAUAUUGGAGCCCCCUCAAGAUGCUGUUCCCGUUCCAAAGCCACGCGUGUCCCGUCAGACGACCCCCACCUCCGAGCCCUCGCCUCCACAGGAGCCGUCUGACCCGGUUCAGGCAAAAAAGUUUGAGUUGAAGAGGAUGAAGACCCUKCAGAGGCGAGCCAAGAUGAGUGUAAUGGAUCGCUUCUGCAAAGCUCAGUCAAUCCAGCGUCGACUGGAGGAGAUUGAAGUCUCCUACAAGGACCUGGAGGAGAAAGGUGUGAWGCUGGAGAGAAGCCUGCGUAGACAACCCAACAACAGCGAUUCCUCUGAAACGAUUGAAGAAUGGAUCCAGCUGGUCCAUGAAAAGAACGCCUUGGUCUCGGAGGAGUCGGACCUCAUGGUGGAGUCCCGACAGCUGGAACUGGAGGACAAGCGCAGCACGUUGGAGCUGGAGUACAGGAAGUUAAUGGAGAUAAAAGAUAAGACACCAGAGCAGCAGGAAGAAGAAAACCGGAUCUUUGAUCAGAUUMUUGAGGUGGUGGAGAUGAUGGACUCUCUAGUGACAUUUUUGGAUGAGAAGCGGCAGAAAGAAAUGAGCGAAAAGGAAGAAGCUCUCUCCAUCAAAGAGGCCAAAAGACACUCCAAGGCAGGAUCUCAAGUUCAGUGGACUUAAGCGUUUUGGACACACACACACACAUACACACGGGCCGGAUGAACCUGCACAGACUGCAGGUGACGCUUUUUCUCUGUGUGAGAUUCAGACUUGGAACCUGAAGGGUUAAACUUUGCAAAGCCAAAGAUGAGACGACAUCAUGGUUGGAGGCAGCAGACUGCCAGCGAUUCCCUCAGAGGAAGAAAAACUCGAGGUUGCGUGGAUAUCCUGGUGUUCACAUGUCCCGGSAACAAACUUUAUUUGAAAGCUGAUGUUUACACGUCUGUUAAGCAAUCACCCGGAGACCUACCUGCUUUAGUUGUCAUAAACCUGAAGUCGAGAUAAAUCAGAGAUUAGAAACCUGCAGAAGGACCUUCAGAUAAACACAGGAGGGAUUCUGUUUCUGCAGACAUGUCGGUUUAUUGUUUAUAAAUAAUUUUAACUGUACAUUGGACAAAACUCUCAUCCCAGGAUAUCUAGUCUGUUUUAUAUGUUUGCAUACAUGAUAUACACAUGAGUGGGACCUACAGUAACAGGAUGAGGGAUUCAAAGUUUAUGAGAUUCUUUUUAUAUUCAGUUUGUUUUCAUCUAUUACUGUUGAUUUUUGUAGCAUUUUCAGCUUUUCGCCAUGUUCCGUCUUCACAGCAUGCUGGUUUGAUAAUCUCAGGGCUCGGCCGUUGAGUUGUGCAGGGUCACAUGUGGUUUGUUUGGGUGUAAACUGGAGAGGAAAAUCAUCCAGAAUGAGACCGGAUGGUUGGACUUUAAUGCCUUCAUUCAUCAUUUGCAAAUGAAAGAAAUCGAGACUGAAACGGAUCAGUUAAUAGAAGCCUUACGCCAUAUUUAUCAUCCUGCUGCCAUUUUGUGCCAUUUGAACCUCUUCACAGUAUAUCAAAUAAAAAUAUCACACUUUGA